AUGGACCACAGCAGCAGCAGCAACAGCAACAGCGCCGGCGCGGUUGCAAGCGCGGGCGGCAGCAAUCACAACAACAGCAGCAGCAACAACAACAACCUGCUGUCCCCGCCGGAGCUCACGCCCCUCGAGCAAGAAGUGCUGGACGAGUACGAGCGCCUGGCCAAUAACAUGAAGGAGCUCGCCUCGGUGCUCGACGACCUCGCCUCCCGGCCCACGACGCAAAUCCUCGACGGCCUGCGCGAGCUGGAGCGCAAGACGAGCCUCGCCUUCACGCUCCUCAAGGCGAGCGUGUACAGCAUCGUGCUGCAGCAGGAGAUUGACUGGGGCAGCGGCGGCGGCGGUCCUGGCGGUGGCGGCGACGACGACGAGCGGUAG